GACGACAGACAGAGGUCUGCGUCUGCUGUCUGCGUUGUCUCAGUCAGUUCUCACUCCUCAACUUCUCAGUUGCUGUCGAACCUCUGAACCGACCGCACUCCCAGGAGACUCCUCGCAGUCAGACUCCCGGUGCUCACAACAACCCACAUGCUCGCGUGACUCUCCCGUCAUACCGGACGCCGCUAUUUCUAGAGUGAUUUCCCGACUAUUAAAGUGACAAAAUAGUACGUGCACUUGAAAUCCGGCGGUAACAUUUGUGCGAAAUUCGUUCAGUAUUUCAUUCACUUCAAGUGACUGGCUCAUCACAAACAAGUGACAGGUUUUGAAGUGCGCUCACUCAAUGACAAAAACAUCGCCACGAACAUUGCACAUUGUGUAGAAGUCCAAAUAUUGGAACAUUUCGUUUACUCAACAGAACAACCAAGUGACAGUUCUUGAUUUUACUUGAAUGUGUUGUAAAGUGCUACUGGUGUCAGUCGUUUUCUGAUACUAUUCAGUUGUAAAGCCUGAAAGACUGAAAACAAAAAAUGUUUUGUUUGCCGACUAGUUCCUACCGUUUUACUGAAAGUAAAAUGCACUUCUCAACAAUCCAUAGCCACCGUUCCAGUUCAUCAACUGUCAACAGGAUCUCCACCGGCAUUAUGCUGUGUACCGUUCUAGUCAUCUGCUUUGCUGCCGGUUGCGCAGCCAACUCAGACUUCGGAUAUGACUCAGAUGAUACUGGACCGGACCACUGGGCUGAUCACUACCAGGAGUGCUCAGGAAAAUUCCAGUCGCCCAUUGACAUCGAGGAGGAUUGGGUGUCUCGGGUCUCCCUCCCCCCUCUACAGUUCACAGGAUUCAACGAUCUGCCUCUCGAAACAAAGGUCACCAACAACGGUCAUACCGUACUUCUCGAGCUGGACAGAUCGUCGGAAUUCCAGGUGUCGGGAGGCCCUCUGCGUGGAGACUACUCAUUUGCUCAACUGCACUUUCACUGGGGUGUCAACGACUCUGUCGGCAGUGAGGAUACUAUCAACAAUCACAGUUAUUCUAUGGAAUUGCACAUGGUAUUCUACAAGACAAAGUAUGGCGAUGUUGAUAAUGCUAUCAAACACAAGGAUGGCCUUCUUGUUUUGGCAAUUUUCUAUGAGGCAGGGCACUUGGACAACCUAGUCUAUUCAGAGAUAGUGGACUCGCUGAAGAAAAUCGAAUACCCGAAGAUGAGUGUGAUGCUGCACAAAGGGUUCACCCUCAAGGAUUUCCUGCCCUCGGAUGUGGAGCACUAUUUCACCUACAACGGGUCACUCACCACGCCACCCUGUCUUGAGGUCGUCACCUGGAUCGACUUCAAGCAUCCUACACGACUUUCACACAAACAGCUAGGUGAGUUCAGAAAGCUGAGAUCGAAUGCCGGAUAUCUGACGCACAAUGCCCGCCCGGUCCAGCCACUGUCAGGCAGACAGGUCUACUACAACAUCGGCGGCUACAAAGACAGUGCUACCAACCUCCACUCGUCCAAAGCACAGUUCGCAACCCUGCUAGUCGCAUUCUAUAUUGCCAUUCACAAUCUAUUUUAAGAAACAUUUCGGACCAAAGCUAUGUAAUAAUAUAUUGUUACCAAAACUCUACAAAAAUACACACCAUGGACUAGUGUGUGAUAUAAUAUAUUUUAUAGUUGCAACACAUGUUUGUUGUGUAGAGUGGUUGAUAACCUAUGGUUCUCCGAAACCAGAGAUUUGAAGAAUAGGUAAUUAUGUUGUGAUUGUACAAUGGGUAGGUGCUAAAAGUUUUGAGAGAGUUUAAUCCGGUUCUGUGUUAACAGAAACUGGACAGGAUCAAACAGUAGAUGAGAGUUCAAUUUCUUGGACUCGAUGGAAUAUACGUUUUAAUAGAUUAAUGUAGGCGGAGAAAUUGAUUUUAUUAACUCCAACAAGAGAUGCUGUAGAUAUUAUGACGUAAACUUAUUUCCCACCCGAUAUUUUUGAGAACACUCAGAGGUUGGGAAUGUCAAAAUGUUCAUCUACAAAAAAUAAAAAAAAGAAAUGCAAAACUUGAAUGUUUUGAUGAAUUUUUAAUUACAUAGAGUAGUGAAAUAUUAUACAGGGUAUAAAACACGUAUUUGGUGUUUAUUGAGCCACUUAGUAUAGCAACCGGCUAGUUUUUAAGAGACAUUCAAAAAAUACUUUAGGACUACUCCUCAUAAACUUGGAGUUUUUUAAAAUCAAUCCUAUUAAUCGUAUCGUUUACUGGAAUCACAUUAUAUUAAUUUACUAAUUCAAUUUUAAGCGGAAAUGAACUAAUGUAAAUUUAUGACUUAUUAUUUUUAUGACCAAUCCAUGCAAGACCAUGAGUGUCAUAUCAGUAAAGUUCUCCAAAGAUGAAUGAGUUAUCCUUGAAAUAGUGGUAAAUUAAAAUACCUACUUGCAUUGAAUUUUUCUGUGUUUUGCACCAUUUAGCCUACCAAUAUAGAACUCAAUGAUUGAGUUUUUCAAUUAUUCUUAAUGCUUUAGUCAAAAUUUGUUACGGUACGGAAUAAAUUAUUAUGAUGGUCAAUCAUCAGGAUAUCAAUAAGCACUUUUAAUACAUGUAUAAUAUUAGUUGAAUUUGAGUUGAGAAGUUUCUAAACUUUUUUAUUCACCUUGUGAAUUUCUGAAAGUAAAAAAUCUUCUAUUUCCGGUUGGAUAAGUUCAAACAUAAAAAGGUUCAACUUUUUAUUCUUUCUUCAAAGAGCUAUUGUAAAUAUAUUAUUAUUCAUAUUUCUAUCUCAUAUAUAAAGAAAACUCAUCAUUAAAUCGAAUAUCUCGUUCUCUACCUAACAUAGAAUACCUAGUUCUAUGAUAAUAAUUAGUAUUGUCUCUAAUGUUGUGCCUUUAUUAUCUUCUCUCAACUCAUACUACUGUAGGUACUUCUAUCAUUGUUAGCGUAGACGCCGUAGGCAAAACACCGUAAUCUCAUUACUCCUAUUUGAGUCCAUUAUACUAGAUUUUCAUUUAAUGUAAUCAGUCCACAGUAAGUUCUAAAUACCAUGAACUUCAUAAAAGUUAGGAAAAUCUAGCGUUUAAAAUUAUUAUUGUGAUAAAUUUUAGAAUAGUUAGUUUAUCAUUUUGUACUGUUAUUAUUGAUGUGUGGAAUAAAUUUGCUUUCAAUCAUGUGAA